CUGACUUUUUCCCCCUCUUCUUGCUAAAAGUGAACAAGUGAACACUGUGACAGAAGCUUACAACCAGCCAUGGAGGAUACUGAGAAGAUUCCUAUUGCUUUGGCCGGACCUGAGGAUUUACAACAAUUCAUGCCACCGGCGUACGCCGCUGUCGCCAUGAAGCCCCCGAGCUCCGUGCGAACGCUCAAGAUCGCCGUAGCCGCGCUCAGCAUCGGGGUCGUGCUCCUGCUGCUCGGAGCCAUGGGUGCCUUUUACUAUUGGAACAGCAACAGCAAGCAAGUGUACAAUAUCCACUAUAGCAUGAGCAUUGACGGUAAAGUGGAGAAGGGCUCCAUGGAGAUUGACACGGUGAACAACUUGGAGAGGUUCAAAACAGGAAGCAAAAACGACGAGGCAGUUGAAGUCCACGAUUUUCAGAUCGGAAUUACUGGGAUCCGUUUUGCCGGAGAAGAGAAAUGCUACAUCAAGACCGAAGCCAAAGGUCACCUUCCAGAACUGGAAUAUCUGAACAAGGAGACCCUGAGCUUUGACUUGGUGGAAGAGGUCAUGCCUGCCAAGGUUGAAGACUCUCUAAUCUGGGUCGCUGCCGAUCAACCUCUGAAAGACUACAGCAUCCUGAGUGACAAAAUUUUGGACCUCUGCAAAGGAGUGCCUAUCUUCUGGCUGCGUCCUACCUACCCUAACAGAGAGCAAAAGAAACAGGUUCCCAGGGCCAGACGACAGGCUCCGGAAGACAACGUCGACAGCCCUUCAUUCAACCCUAACAACCCGUACCAUCGUCGUGAGGACGGUGAGGACGGCCCUAUGACUGUAGACCCCAUGUUGGACCACAUGGGUGUGUGCUGCGCCGAGUGUCGCCGGAGCUACACGCACUGCGUCCGUGUCUGCGAGCCUCUGGGGGGCUACGAACCAUGGCCUUACCACUACAGAGGCUGUAGGAAAGUCUGUCGUGUCGUCAUGCCGUGCAGCUGGUGGAUAGCUCGCAUCAUGGGCGUCGUGUAAACGCCCCAUAGUGGAAGAGAGGAUGAACUUCAACCGAAGAACAAAGAAGCCUCAUCAUGAGCAUCGACAUUGUACAAAAAUACAGAAAUCAUACCAUUAAUGUGGAUGCUGUUAGAAUACUGGUCGUAUUGCAUCUUAUUGAGGAAAGAGUUUUUCCUGUCGUGUAAAUAUGUGUUAACGUGCUCCCGGACACACCAGAGACGUCUUCGAAUAGUCACAAACGCCUAUAUGAGAUAUUUAAGAUAUAUACUUGCCAUUUUGUUUUCCUGGAUUUUGCUUUUUGAUGAAACAUUAAACGAUGUCUGGCUUUUCUUUUUUCAUGUGGGCUUUAGACAAAUACUGCUGCUUUCAAAGUGCCUUUUUUUGUUUCGUUUCAUAGCCAAAGUGUAAUAAAGGUUUUGAAAUUUACAUGUUACAUUGCUUCAUUAUGCUUCACAAACUCUUUCAAUCAGUGGUGGAAAAAAAUUUAUAAAUAUAUUUAUAUAUUACUAUACACACAAUAUUUCCAAAAGUAUUGGGACACCUGGUCAUUAGUUUGUGGUUUUUGAGAAUUAAA